AUGCCUAUAUCCAAACUCCCAUUUGAGCUCCUUUCAAGAAUUGCCGAUUUUCUUUUGUUCAAUGAUAAGGCCUCUUGCACUCUGGUUUGCAAGAGAUGGACAACUCCCUUUCAAGAAUCACUUUGGCUCUCCUUUAACGCCAAAUCUAUAGGAAGAGUAACCGACCUUUGCUACAUUGUAAUCAAUUUAACAAGAAAGUUCCCUGGAAUUAUAAUUGGUCAAACUCUAAAUCUUACUGGACACACUACUUUAACCAACUGGCUCCAAGCUGAUGUCUUUCGGGCGUUCGUAAACUUGCGAAACCUCAGUAUAACCUCUAUAUAUCUUGAAGAUACAGAUAUGGACUUGCCCAAAUAUAGUGGUCCAUCGGAAUCACUGACCAGCCUGAGACUUGGAGUACUUACUCUUCCGUGGACUACAUCGACGCCAAUGCUCAUCAAAUUUCUGUCCCGAUUUCCUAAUCUCAAAGAAAUAGACAUCUUCCCGAAUUCUUCACGGGGUGCAAUAAACUUUGACAUGGAUAACUUUAAUGCUAUUUACAAGGCGGUACCCAAGCUUAAACAUAUCAAGGCUCGAGUUUCCCUCACCGAUAUCCACCAAAAUGCUGUAAAGAUUAUACCAAGCACUAUACCCGCAUGCUUUGUAACUUCACUCGAUCUCGAAAUCGUAAACAGGAAUAAUGUAUGGCUGUACUAUCUAUGGCUAUGCUACUUUAGCUACAAGUAUAAAAACCUACGUACUCUAAAAUGGAUGGCCUCAUGCAACUCAGAUGAAUCGAAUAUUGAACAAUACAUUGAGAAAAAAGGAUUGCUUCUCCCUUCAAUUACGACAGUACUUCCACACCUAGAGACGGUUGAAUUCUGUACCGCUGACCGCAGCGAAUGGUCACAUACUGCUUUCUGGGAUUUUAUCUGCCAACCCGGUUCUCGGAUCAAGAAUUUAAAAUACAAGGCGAUGCACAGAAUUCAUAACGAGAGCUAUCCAAAAACCGUCAUUUCACAACUUGUGCCAUUCUUUUCAAAAACACUUAAGACGCUCUCCAUGGAGGGGGAUAUCUCUUUUGAUAUUGAUAAUACUAUCAGACCAGAAUUUUGUUUUUGCCCGCAGUUGGUGAACAUUGAAAUCAAAAACUGCGGUGUAUCUAUUGCCUUGGACAGCUUAUUGAAUAACUGUACAGCCUUGAGGCAAUUGAAGUAUUGUAGCGGAAUAUUGUACAUCGAUCCGGGCGCACACGGGACAACAAUGCAACAUGGACUACAACGUUUGGAGUUAGAAAAUGUCACUACAAGUGUUCCUGUGUUCAAUUACAUGUCUUUCAGGUGCAGAAGAUUGAAAUUAAUGAAGAUAACACACUCAAAAAUCUAUGGAACGAUGUCCGAAGAAACCAGAGUAAUGUGCAUUGACAUGUCCUAUACAAAUCUCGAGCUCCUUGAAUUCGAGUUUGUUCAAUUCUACUCGUCCAGUGAACGUAUUGAAGAAAACGCCGCAGUAAACCUUGUAUUGCUGUCCCAGUUAAUUGAUCCUCUCCCACAAAUGGAAACUAUGGAUUCCGGAAAUGUGACAUCUAUUAUAGACCACAUAGGUUGGUUUCAUCUCUUUUGUGAGCAAGACUUUGCAUUCGACUACACUCCAAAGACUAGGAAACUUAGUGAACAAGAGAUCUGCACUACACUGGAUUACUACAAGGGCGUCUCAUCCACAGAAGCCACCGAUAUGCAAGAGGAAGAUGCAUAUUUUGAUGAACAGACCUUCAAGGAAAGCUGGAAAAAAGACCUUUGUAGAGGUUAUGCCGAGCUGAGAUGUGGAAAUGUGAUCCAAAACAAAAAAAAGUCGUUUGCAGCAGUUAUAUUUUCGAUCUCAUGUAUUUGGAAAGUUGUCAUCCUAAGAUCAACUCCAUGGGAACAGAUCCACCAAUUAAAGGAAACAAUUUACCUUUGCCUUUUAACUGCAUAUGUUCUCUUUGGAAAAGACCUCUUUACCGAAAAUGAGCUUUUAUACACAUAUAUGACACUUUCGUGA